AUGGAAAGAUAUCCCCCUAGUAAUGCCAUUGUUGAAUGUUCCCGGGUGCGCGUCUCUCCAGCCUGUCCCUCUUUGUCCAGCGGCGACAGUAGGCCGGAAUAAAGUAUGGUUGAUUCGGUGCUUUAGGAUAAAUUAUUUUUGGCAGUGUUAUCGGGAAAUUAAGCGAUUAGCGUUUAGCACAUGUGUGUUGACUAUUACCGGUGACCAACGAUUCUUUGUGAAGGAUACCAGAGGCUCUGCUCCCAGCCUUGGACAUAAUUCGGUACUCCAGGACUGAGUUGGACCUGAUAGCUAGCUAUCUAGCUAGCCAGCCAACGUUUGCAAGCCUGUGACAGCUAAAACGUGGCCGCCAAUACAUUGCUAGCUUGAGACAAAAAAAAAAAUCCAGAAUCUUGACAUUUUCAGGCUUACUGGAGUUUAGCGUUGUGAUAAUCAAAAUCGGUAUUGAAUUGAUAUUGGAAGAGCACUCGAUCAGCUAUUCACAAUUUUUCUUUGUAUAUGAACGGUGACAUGGCACCGCACCGACAGUCAUAUUAAUGGCCGCCGAAUCUGGAAGGCUACCGGCGGGACAAGGUCAAGGAAAACGAGGCAAAGGUGCACAAAUGAAAAGUCCAGAGAAAAAGAAGAGGAAGUCCAAUGCCCAGGGGGCGGCAUUUUCUCAUCUCUCUGAAUUUGCGCCCCCUCCCACCCCCAUGGUGGACCACCUGGUCGCUUCCAACCCCUUCGAUGACGACUUUGGGCCCCCCUCACGAGCUGGCGGGGCCGGCGGGCCUGGGAGCGGCCCCUUCCUCCCCAGCCCAGGUGCAGCAGGAGGUGGAGGAGGGGGUUAUGGAGGCGGGGGCAGAAUGGGCGGCGGGAUGGGGUUUAUGGGAGGGCCAGGAGGUGGGCAGCCCAAUCGCAGACCCCCCUUCGGACCCCCGCCUCCGAACGCGGGGCCACAUCAUCAGCUCGGGUUCGGGGGGAUCCCUGGGUUUGGAGGCGGAGGCGGCGGAGGGGGAGGAGGGGGUUUCCCACCUGGGGGGCCCUCGCAGUUUAACAUGCCCGCUAAUUUCAGCCCACCAAUGCAUCCAGGUCCCGGGUUCAACCCAAUGCUGUCUCCAGGAGGGAUGGGGGGCCCGGGAGGAGGGGGCCCCCCACAUCCUCGAUUUGGAAUGCCCCCUCAGCAGCCCCAGCAUGGACAGGGGGGUGGGCAUCCUUUCAACAGCCCCCCCUUACCCGGUGGAGCUGGGCCUAGAGGUCCACCUCACGGCCCCCUAAAUCCCAUGGGCGGGAUGCCAGGCGGGAUUAAUUUGAUGGGUGGCAUGGGAGGGGGAGGAGGAGGUGGAGGAAAUAUGGUUGGAGGGCUCCCUGGGUUACCCCCACCAGGGCAGUUCCCGCCCUCUCAAGAUGGUCCCUACCCUGGCCCCAGCCCCCCAGGAAGUGAGGAUGGAAAAAACUUUGGUGGAGGAGGAGGUCCACAGUCAGUGCCACCCUCUCAACAGCAGCAGCCUAACUUAAACCCCCCUCCUCCUAACAACACCACCCCUGGGCCUCCUCCAUCCUCUGGCCCCCCUCCUCCCCAGCCUGGUGGGGGAUUCCCAGGCCACCCCGAUGUCCAACAGCCAAACCCAAACACUCCCAAUCAGCCGCCCUCAGCUCCACCUCCACCUAACCCUAAUUCUUCCCCAACUGGACCCUUAAAUGGACCCCAGCCACCUCAACAGCAACCGUCCAAUCCACUCCAGCCCCCCAAUUCUGCCAGCACCCCCUCAAACAACCCCUCCCAGCAGCAACAGCCCACUCCCCCAAAUUCCACCCCUACUCCUGCCCCUUACAGCCAGCAAAACAGCGCACCGGUCCCAGGAUCCAUGGCCAACCAGCCACCCAACUCCAACCAGGCCAAUAUGACCAACAACAGCAACACCAACACCCCUACCAACAACCCCAACCCUCCUUCUAACUCUACCCCUACCCCCACCACCCAGUCCCCUCUGCCCCCUGGACCAACUCCAUCUGCCGCCCCUGGGCCCGGGCCUCAGAAACUGGGAGGUGGCAUGGUCUUCCCCUGUGGAUUCUGCCUGUCUGAAGUCCACGACGACCAGGAAGCCAUCCUGUGCGAGGCCUCCUGCCAGAGGUGGUUCCACCGUGACUGCACAGGCCUGACGGAACCGGCCUACGGGCUGCUGACCCGGGAGAGCGCCGCCGUGUGGGCCUGCGACUUCUGCCUGAAGACCAAGGAGAUCCAGGCUGUCUACGUGCGGCAGGGCAUGGGUCAGCUUGUGGCCGCCAAUGAGGGCUGAGAGACGGAAAGUAAAGAGAGAGAGAGAAACUGAGUGAGCGGGGGUGGACAGAGAGGAAAAAAAAAAUAUACCCUCUACCUUCAGAUCAACAUGAUCUUCGAUUUGCUAUCGACUGAAUGCUUUUUCCACUGCCUGCCUGACCACAUGACUGGAACUUUUGAUGGCUGUUGGCAAGAGGCCCCUCUCCUGUCUGAUAGAAUGAGACACACACACACUCCAACUGACUGAAUGAGUGAGCAUUUUCCUUUAAGUAUGACAUGUUGACUUCCAUGGCUAACAUACACCAAGAGGAUGAGGCACUGACUAGGCAACACACUGACCAGCAAGCACUGACCAGUUCACUACCUCACACAGUCAAUUACUGAUUGACACAGAUACUCACUCACUCACUCACUGACGCACUGACCGUCUGACUAAUUUACUGCAAGAUUCCUGGGUGCUGCCCACAUCCACCCCCAUCAACUCUCAACUCUCCUUGAAAAAGACUCCAAAGGAAUCUGGACUCCCCUCUCCCCAUUCUAGACUUCCUACAGACCUCCAAUGCCUCACAGAAAGACAAGGAGCUAUAUGAAUCUCUGUAGAUAUGAAUAUUUCCAAACUGUAUUGUUCCACUUGACUUGGAAGGCAGGGGGAUUCAUUGAGAAACUUGGACUGAAACUUUUUUUAACUACAUUUGAGUCACCUGCUUGUAUUAAUUCACUGGACACAGAAAGGAAGUGAAUUCAGUGCUGAUCAUAUCACAUCGGUGUAGUAAUUAGUGUUAUUGUAUCAGAUCAGACUUGUAUAGUAUGUGGUUUGCAUACAAUCCAAUGCAGUAACUUGACAUUAUGCUUGUCAUCUCUGCUUGAGGCCUUGAAGUAGACCAAAUUGCUCUGAGUGAAAAAGGUCCAUUAUCGGAUUACUGUCAUGGCAGAGGAUGUUUAUAAUAGUGUAACAAUUUUUUUUUACCAUUUCUGCCCAAGUUGCCUCAUUUUUGGCCAUUUUUGUUUCCUUUGCCAUGUUUUGUACUGAUGUCUGUGCUGUUCAGUGAGAUCUGUUCUGCUGCCCUCUGGUGGUCUCCAGAGGGAUCAGUUACACCU